GAGAGAGAGAGAGUCAGACUCCCCAUCCGCGGUUCUCUCUCCGUCAGUUCGCUCCAGGCUCGCGGCUCUUUCGGAAGGAUGCGCGCGCUCCCGGUGCUCUUCUCCGUAGCUGCUCUCCUCCUGCACUCCUCUCCGGGGCUGCUCGGGGAGAUGCAGCUGAAUGCGCCGCGGUGCAAGUCAGGAUUUUCACAAAGCCUUUAUUCCCUGCGCCUCUCGAGGGAUCUAGUGCACGGCCAAAGUGUGCUCAAAGACACCUUGCUGUCAUCAGGAGCAGUUCAUUUUGAUGACUGUUUAGGGAACGCAGCUGUACGAAUGGACAGCAGUGAUCCCCGCUUCAGAAUCGAGACAGACGGAUCUGUGUACACACAGAGAGAAGUGUUCACUCUGAACACACCGAUAAAAUUCACAGUGACGGCUCACACCACAGACGACACACACACCUGGGAGACGAUCGUCCAACUGGAGCUGGAGGAAAUGACAGGUAAUUACAUGGCACGAGGACAAGAGGACACCGGGACACAGGAAGUUGUCAUCAGGUUUCCUCCAAGACAGAAGUCGAGCUCCAGCGAGCUGCGGCGGCAGAAGCGAGACUGGGUCAUUCCACCAAUCAACGUGCCAGAGAACUCCCGAGGUCCCUUUCCACAGAUGCUCGUUAGCAUCCGUUCCGAUAAAGAUCGCUCCAUUAACAUCAGAUACAGCAUCACCGGUGUGGGAGCGGAUCAGCCACCUAAUGAAGUGUUCAACAUCGAUCCAGAGAAAGGCAAGAUGUACGUCACCAAGCCUCUGGACAGAGAGGAGCGCUCUUCCUACCACCUUCGUGCUCAUGCAGUUGAUAUGAAUGGGAAUCAGGUGGAGCAGCCAGUGGACCUCUACAUCUUCGUCAUCGACAUGAAUGACAACCGGCCCGAGUUCAAGAAUCAGAUCUACAAUGGUUCUGUGAUGGAGGGAUCCAAACCAGGUACGACAGUUAUGACAGUAACAGCGCACGAUGCUGAUGACAUCACCACCUCUAAUGGCAUGGUGCAUUACCGGAUUCUCCAGCAGACCCCGCACAUCCCGAUCCCAAACAUGUUCACUAUUAACCGAGAGACAGGAGACAUCGUUACUGUCGCAGCUGGACUUGACAGAGAGAGAGUUCCUCAGUACACAGUGAUCGUCGAGGCGACAGAUAUGGAGGGGAAUCUGAACUUCGGUUUGUCGAGCACGGCCACAGCGCUAAUCGCCAUCACCGACAUCAACGACAACCCACCUGAACUCACGCAGAGCACGUUCUCGGGUGAGGUGAUGGAGAACAGUGUGAACGUGGUGGUAGCGAACCUCUCUGUGAUUGAUAAGGACGAGCCUCGAUCGCCCAACUGGAACGCCGUGUACCGUGUUGUCAGCGGGGACAAUGGACGCCACUUCGCCAUCCGGACAAAUCCGGAGAACAAUGAUGGCAUGCUGACUGUGGUGAAGCCGGUAGACUUUGAGAUGAAUCGAGCGUUCAUGUUGACGGUAGUAGUGGCUAAUCAGGCUCCUCUGGCUGAGGGGAUCCAGUCGUCUCUCCAGUACACAGCCGGGGUCACCGUCUCUGUGAGGGACGUCAACGAGGCACCCAUUUUCCCAGAGAACCCCAAAAUGGUGCGAUUUGAGGAGGGCGUGCCCGCUGGCACCAUCAUCACCACGCUCACUGCUCGAGACCCAGACACGUUCAUGCAGCAGAGCAUUCGAUAUCUUAAGCUGUCUGAUCCCGCUAACUGGCUCUCCAUCAACUCAACAAAUGGUCAGAUCACCACGGCGGCUGUGCUGGACCGAGAAUCCGUCUACGUCAAGAAGAACGUCUACGAGGCCACGUUCCUCGCUGCUGACAAUGGCUCUCCUCCAGCUAGUAGCACAGGAACGCUGCAGAUAUUUCUCAUAGAUGUGAACGAUAACGCUCCAUCACUCGUUCCUCACGAUGCUCAGAUCUGUGAAAGAUCCCAUAUGAACUCUAUCAACAUCACAGCUGUGGAUGCAGACACUGAUCCCAAUGUCGGUCCCUUCGUCUUCGAGCUGCCUCUUCACCCCUCCAUCAUCCGUCGCAACUGGACUGUCUCCCGAAUCAAUGGAGACUAUGCCCGUCUGAGUCUAAGGAUCCAGUUCCUGGAGUCGGGUGUGUAUGAGGUUCCCAUUUCUGUGUCAGACUCUGGAAACCCGCCACUCUCCAAUCGCUCAGUCAUUAAGGUGAAGGUGUGUCCGUGUGAUGAGCAUGGCGACUGCACUGCGCUCGGUGCUGUAGCAGCGGCGGGCCUGGGCACUGGCGCCAUCAUCGCCAUCCUUAUCUGCAUCAUCAUCCUCCUUAGCAUGGUUCUGCUCUUUGUGGUAUGGAUGAAGAGGAAAGAGAAGGAGAGGCAGACCAAACAGCUGCUGAUUGACCCUGAGGAUGAUGUCAGAGACAACAUCCUCAAAUAUGACGAGGAAGGAGGAGGAGAGGAGGACCAGGACUAUGACCUGAGUCAGCUGCAGCAGCCUGACUCCCUGGAGCACAUCAUGGGUAAACCCCCAGGUGUCCGACGGGUGGACGAGAGGCCCGUGGUGCCCGAGUCUCAGUACCCGCUACGGCCCAUGGUGCCCCACCCUGGGGACAUUGGAGAUUUCAUCAAUGAGGGUCUGAGAGCAGCGGAUAAUGACCCGACAGCCCCACCAUACGAUUCGCUGCUAGUAUUUGAUUACGAAGGCAGCGGAUCCACGGCCGGGUCGGUCAGCUCACUCAACACCUCCAGCAGCGGAGAGCAAGACUACGACUACCUCAACGACUGGGGACCGCGAUUCAAAAAACUCGCCGACAUGUACGGGGGUGGAGACGACUAGAAUGGAAAGGGGCAGUCCCUUAAAGGCUCCUCCCACGUCACCUGACCUGCGGCGACGACCAAUCAUGGGCCUCUCUCUCUCUCUCUGUGAAAAACACACCCACCUACCAAUCGCUUGGCCAGCUCCAGAGAGACUUGUACAGAGAGAGACAGCGAUAUAGUGGACCUGCUUUUUCCUUUAAUUAUGUUUUUAUCAGUUUGUUGUUUUUUUUGUUUAGUUUUUUUUUUUUUUUUUUUUAGUAGUCCAGCUGUAUUCACGCUUUGUGCGCAUUAUUUUUUCCUGAAGAAUCCUGCAUUUAGGUUGAUGCAACCGUCUGCAGGCGAAACUUCCUGCUAGUAUUGAGACAGCGCAUAAAAAAGAGAAAAGAAUAAAAAAAAAGACAAGGUAGGCAUUCUACUCUUAAAAAUGGUCUGAACAAGCCAUUCUUUUUCUUUCUCUGAACUUGAAUUCUUUCGAGAAGAGGAGCACUGUCGUCGUUGUCGUCGUUGUCGUUAUCGUUGUUUAAGAAGUGCCUUUAGUGGUGCGUAGUUCUUGGAUUUCUCUCAGGAUUGGUCUUCUGUCCAGACCUACACCUGACAUCAACACACACUCCUACAGCUGACCGGCCAUAUUCAAGUUCCUCAUAAUUCUCCUGCAAGAAUGUUGAGGCUUUUGGCUUGUAGCUCCGUGACAGGAAGCUUACAUACGUUAAACAAUGUGUGUCAGAUUUGCGUCACUGAAUAGUACACAGUACAUCAGAUAUUUAGUUUUCGACAAAAUAAAUUAGACUGCACGGUCUCACAUGCUAUUGAGGAGACAGUUACGGAGAGCUCGGCAGAAACAUUGUCAUUAUCAAACCAUGAGGUUUAAUCGUGGGUCCAAAUUUGGUAGUACCGAUAAUUGCUUAUAUGACAUACCGUGAUAUUUUUAGCAUGAUCUUAAGAAUACCACUACCCUGGAGGAGGCUAUCUGGGUAGGCAACAUUUUCGGGCAGGAUUUGUGCUCCUGAGCUAAAGAUUGUCCCAUUCAGAAAGCAGCAUAUGGACAACUUCUAAGGUUCUUCUAAGGUUCCUUCUUUUUGGACAGGUUAAAAAUGCAGAAUCCUAUGUGGCAGCAAAUCUCAGAGAACGCAGGAAAGUUUGAGAAACUAAACUCUCUAAAACUCUCUAAUUCUCUUCUCUACUGAGAAUAGUGAAACGUAAACAUAUGAUAUCAUUAAUUUGUAAACCGUUAUCGUUGUUAUUGUGAUAUGAAAAUGUAAUGCCUUGAAGGGCUAGGGUUAGGGUUUCAUUUCCAUGUUUGCUCUUCAGUGAGGCUCUGUCCACAGGUAUAUUUUUUUGGCCUCCUGUUCGCACAAAAACAGUAUUUUGGCUCACUGAAAACAAAGCUCUCAAAAUUGUUUUUCCAUUUACAUGUGGACGGAGAUAUUUUCAAAAAUGCUGGUCAUGUGGAUGAGAAAAUAUUUUGAAAAUUGGGGUAAAAAUUGAGUCUGAGUCUUCACAAGCUCAACAGGCUCUCUAUAGAUGCAACUGACACUUAUUUAAGCAGCGUAAAUUUAUUACUCAUCUUCAAAAGCAUAUAUUAAGAAAUUAAUGAGGCCAAAUUGCAUGUAUGUCACCAGAAGAUUAAACUAUCCCUCACUGUAAGCCAUGGGCCAAAAGUUCCUGGAUUCCCACUUUAUGAGGCAAAAAGGGGGGGUGGAGUAGCAAGUGUGAGUGUUCAUUCAUCACAUCAGCACAACACACUCACCCACUCUGUAUCACUGCACUGUUGAGUAGUUUAUUCAUAGAUAUUUGACACAUUUAUAACCAAAUCAUUUGGGCGUUCAUGAAGAAUCUCCAUCUUUUGAACGUACUGAGGAAGUAUUCACAAUAAAAUAUUCUGUAUAGAUAAUAAAUGUAGUUUGAUGUUUGAUGUUUCACACUAUGCUGGUGUUCAAAUUAUGCUGAAGCUCCCAUCAGGGUCACAAAAGGAAGAGUCCAGAAGGUUAUUCAAGUUCCUCAUAAUUUUACUGUAAGCUUGUUAAAAUUAACUGUAAAGUAAAGGGAAACGGUAAGAAGCUUGAUAACAACUGGCGAAUUUCAUUUAUCUUAAAGGAAAUGUGUUUGGAGUUUGCUUUUUUGCCUAUAGAAUGAGGAGAGAGUUUAAUGAUUAGUCAAAAUUGGUGGCUUAAAACACAAUCCAGUAUCAAAAUGAUUGGCUCAUAAAAUGUACUGAUUAGGUUUUUUAUAAUUCUUCUAAAAUCCUGUUGAGGUCUUUGGUUCAUACUAAAUUACUCAGCUUUCAUACAAAGCAGCGUCCCGAGGGCAACCUUAAAGAACGUUCUGGGUUUUAUUAUAACGUAAAAUCUGUUUAUCUUGGACAGUCAUUAUGCAUAAUUCAAACACGCUUAAAAAAGUAGGGAACUAAGAAUUAGUAGAACUAGGUAACUAGUGUUAGAAACCCGAAGGACUAGGGAAAUAAACAAUGAAACAGGAAUUUACAGUAUAAGUAUACAGUAAUGGGAAAGAGUGUUAUCAAGAAUAUAAAGAUACAGGAGCUAAUAUUCAUCAGAGUGCAUGAUCAAGGAUCAAGUAGACAGGAAACCCAAGAAACAGGAAGUAAACAAGGAAGUGGACAACUCAUGGGGUAAAUAGACUGAGGCUGCAUUCACACUUGGCAUUUCUUUUACAAUAAAAGUGCUGGCCAGAUAUGAAAAAAGCACCUCACUGUAGAAACGCUCUUAGCUAGUAUCGGCUAACAAACUAGCCUAGCUUGCUCUCUAGAGUAGAUUUAUUAUUAUCAGUAAUGCAUGUGAAAUAGAAACUCUGAUGAUGAGGAGGUUUUUUGUCUUAGCUGUAGUUUUGGAGGCAGAAAAGAAUUGCUUAUCAUUACACACAUUGUUACUUUUAGUUAUAUUGCAAUGUUGGCAUAUUAGCAAUGAAAUAUUUUUGAUUCAACAUAUCAUAAAUCUUCUCAUAUUCAUUCACUAACUAGAUUCGUUUUUCACUGGCAUUCUGUCAUCCAUGUUGGUUUUUCUCGCUUGACUACCCUCUUACAUAACGGGAGGUAAAAAAAACAGUCCUUGAUGUCACUUGGCGCUUUUUUGAAGCUUUUUUGAUCCGCUGUUUAAAAAAAAAAAAAAAAAAAAAACGGUCAAAUGUGAAAGCAGCCUAACAGGACUACGAUGAGGCUCAUGAGGAGUGGAUGGUAUCAAUGAUCAGAGGGUGUGGUCAGGGUGGAGUGGAGGUGGAGAUGGAGGCGGAAGGGAGACAAACUGGAAAGUCAUGAGACAGGAAGGCUUGUAUGACGGCAACUUAUGCACUCACUAUGCACUAUAUUCUUACACUAUACAAUGUGUACUCGACUGUCUAGUACGUUUGACAGUAUCUCAUAUUGAACACUAAAGUUUUAGUCAGAAAUAACAGAUCAUUGUGUGGUAUCUCAUAUCAACAAGACACCAGAAUAGCCUUUGCGGGAAGAAACUAAUUUUACACUGUAGCGAAAGCCAUUUUCAAAUAAAAUAACUUUCUCUUCAAAUAAAGUACUCUCUGGUAGCUCCGCCCCUUCUACUGAAUUUCCCACUCUAGAAUUGAGACUUUGCCGAGAAGUAGCAUUUACUUCCGAAAACAUGACAAAGAAAAACAGAAUACAGUAAGAAACUAGCUAACAUUAGACACUGUGUAUUUUAAAAGUGGUUUAAAAUGUUCAAGUCGAGCGCUAUUGCUAAUCUGUGAGCUUUGUUUAAAAAUCCUGUGCAGUUUCUGAGAAACAAAAUUAUUAAUAUUUUUUUUUAGAAGUCUGUGAUUCGUCGUGUGUGUGAUGCAGGUUUACGAGGCCUCAUCAGAUUCAAUGUUCAUUCCUUUUAUUCACAGAAACAAUCCACAGCUAUGCUACAGAAGCCCUGCUUUGGUUUUACAUACGUAAAUGUUGUAUAUAAGCUUUUUUUAAGCACUCAUUUUAAUGGACCAUUGUGUAAAGAGUCUUGUCUUUUAUUUUUCCACUUUUUAAUUAAUAGUUCAAGCUUUGUUGAUAUCUUGAAGACACCAAGUCAAAAGCCAUGUGAGUGUGGUGUCACUGAGGAAUUUAAAGCCUAUGGCCAUCAUCUAAACGCUGAAUACAUCAUUACUGCACUCACUUACACAUUUUCAUGGGUUUUUUUGUACAAAUAUAAUGAAUAAAAAUGAUUUUAAAAAAAACUGAGUUGAGAACACAACGAAGAACUGAUCACGCUAUAAAUUCAAAUCAAAAAAAGUUUCACAUUCGUCAGAAGAGGCAGUCUCCUUCAAAUAUGUUUUAUUAGUAAAACGCAUCUCAGAUAUCCACGAGACCAAAAGUCCAAGUGCACUACUGUUUAUUUCAUCACUUAUCAACAACAAAAUACAUUUUUCUCAGUUGAUCGUAUUAUCCAAGAAUGUGUAAUUUAGCACUGAGACAGAUGCAGUGUUCAACUGUGUGUGUAAUCCUCGUAUAAACCUGAAAUCUAUAAUAUCUUGUGUGCAUACAGUACACUUCUGAACUGUCAUAACACCACAGAGUCGGCCAUCAUGCCUUCCAAUUUGGCAACUAACAGGUGAUUAACAGGACUAUAAUGCAACUAAUAACAAUAAUCAGGUGACAGGGUCAGGGUGGAGCUAAGGAAUCUCUUCCUCACGUAACAAUUCCCUCCUUAGAGGAUUUGAGGAGGAUAUUUGAAGAAAUCUUUAUAAAUGAGAAGGCCUUGUUCUCUUAAGCGCCACUGCCUGUCACUAAGUUAUGGAUCUACACACACAACACUGUGAUUACAAACUGAAUUAAUGUCACUAAAAGCAUAUUAGCCCAUGUACAGUAUAUUUAAAUGUUAAUGUUCUGGUCUAUAAAGGAUUCCACUCUGUUAUGCACAUUUUCAUGGACUUUGAUCCAAGGUGCUUAAGGCUGAGGUUGGCUAUAGGACUUAGGGUUGGGUUAGCAUUGGGUUAGAACAUUGCAUUUUGCAACUCUUUGCAAAUAAAAGUUAAUUUAUGAACAUUGUUUAACUAUUUGUUUCAUUAUUUAAAUCAGGGGUCUUCAGUGCAAAGGGCUGGUGUGGCUGCAGGCUAGCAGUUAUAGCCAACUUGGGUGAACAGUUGAUAGUUGAUUGGAGACUAAGGUGAACUGAUUCAAAAAGUGAAAUCAGGUGUGGCUCUUACCGUGAUUUGGGGUUAGAGCUAGAGUUAAAUGUUAGAUUAGGUCUAGCAUUAAUGUUUGAUGGUUAGGGCUAGCAUUAAAGGUAAGGUUUGGGUUAGCGUUGUAGGUUUGGGGUUAGAGCUAGCGUUAAAUGUUUGGGGUUAGGGCUAGCUUUAAAGGUUUGGGGUUAGAGCUAGGCUUAAAGGUUUGGGGGUAAUAGCUAAGGUUAAAGGUUUGGGGUUAGGGCUAGGGUUAAAGGUUUGGGGUUAGGGCUAGGGUUAAAGGUUUGGGGUUAGGUCUAGGGUUAAAGGUUUGGGGUUAGGGCUAGGGUUAAAGGUUUGGGGUUAGGUCUAGGGUUAAAGGUUUGGGGUUAGGUCUAGGGUUAAAGGUUUGGGGUUAGGGCUAGGGUUAAAGGUUUGGGGUUAGGGAUAGGGUUAAAGUUUAGGUUAGUGCUAGUAUUAAAAACUUGGGGUUAAGGGUUGAAGGUUAGGGUCAGGGUUGGACUGAAAUUUGCACAAGCAGUAAAGCUACAGAAACAGACUUGAGCACGCUCAGUUUUAUCCUUAUUCUCUGAAUACAAUCUAUCUUUGUUUAUCUGAAGCAGGACAUCACCGUUGCAAAUGAAAGCGAGUUUUUGCUUUGUGUGUGACGUUUAUUACUUUUUAAUAGGGAGAAUGUGCAUUAAAAAUACAUGGCAUUUUUCCUAUAUAAACACACACGGCUAAUAACAGCAGCGCAGGUCUGUACUCCGUCACAACAAAGCCAAUAACACACAAAACUGCUUCAAAGCAAACAAACUGAGCAUCAAGAGGGAUUUAAUUACUGCAAAUGUGAAGAUGUAAGCAUGGCAGUGAAUAAAUAAACGCAAUGUUUCUGAUAGGAAGAAAGAGGGUGGUGUAUAUACAGCAGACACGCAGGAAGAUUAAUGAUGUUUCUAAUAUGCUGUGGAUCUCCAAAACAAUAUAAUCAGAGAAAAUACACACACAGUCAGAGUGUGUAUGAGGCUGAGGUUGUAUUUUAUGCAUUCUCUUUCUGUCCUUCCCUUUCAUUUUGCAGUUGUGUGCAAACUAAUGCACAUUAUUAAUCACCUUAAAUAACCUUUCAGAUGGAUUCUUAUCUGAGAAAUAUCACCUUAAACAGUUUUUGUUAGUGCACUAUGACUUUUGGAUGCUACAGGAAGUGAAACGAUGAUUUCAGGUCUCUUUGCUUUGUUACUAUGUUUGUUAAUGUAUUAUUCGGAACUGAAAUUGUGUCUUGGUUUUUUUUUUUUUUUGCAUCCACUCGUUCUUUCUGGAUUUUGUUAUAUCAGGUUUCAGAGGGUCCUACGUGCUUUUUAGGGAGGCGUGUAAUUAGGCGUGUUUUAAACUAAAAAGAGUGGAAACUCAUCAGACGGGAGAGACUCUCCUCCUCGUCUGUGUGUAUAUAUGUGUAUUAACUGCUUGAAGCUGAACAAAUUAGGCAACAUUGGACUUUUUUUUUUUUUGCAUGUGUCUUUUUCUAAUGGACAAGACAAUUAUGUAUCAAAUAUACUGAAGAAUCGAAGCGACCCGCAUGAACGUGGUUGUUCUUUUCUUUUUUUUUUUUUUUUUUUUUUUUGGUCUUUUUUGGUCCAGACAGUGUUCUGGAGUGUAUUAUACUCACAAUACUGAAGGAGACAAAGUAUAUAUAUAAAUAUAUAUAUAUGAAAUAACUAACUAAAAAAAAGAACACAGUCAUUGCACAGUUAUGGAGUUGGAAAUGACUUUUUUGUAAACUGUCGACAGCACAAAUAUUUUGUAUCGUUGUUUGUACCAUUUUUGUACCAAAAAAGGGAAAAAAGCAAAUGAAAAAAAGGGAAAAAAUGCUGAUUCUUGUUUCAAACCUGUGUUUUUAGUGCCACUGCGAUCAGUUCCGUAUGUACGCAGCCUUGCAGAAUAAUCGUGUAUAUAAACGCCAACAGCCCUGUGUUACACUAAAUAAAGCUCCCCUCCUUUUA